AUGGCUAGCAAAGUCACCCUCGUGGUGGAGCCUCGCGGCCGUCCCAUUCACAAGCUCCCAAAAGAAGUCACCAUUGACAUUGACGCAUCUGCCAACGACCUCCACGAAGUCGUCGCUGAAAUCUGCAGCGUCUCCGUUCAUCGGCUUCGCAUCACCAAGGGAAGCGAUCGCACCGUGAUUGCUAACAAGAAAACCACUACUAUCAACGACACUGGCUUGCGCAACUCCAGCGUGAUUCAUGUCAAGGACCUUGGUAAGCACCUCAUGCAUCAAGCCGCUCCUGAGGCUAUCAGAAUUCGCGCGAAGGAAUUAUAUAAGAUACAUCACGCAAAUGAUAUCAAGCGCAACCCCAAAUUAAUCCCCAUGCGCAGAGCUCCAUCCAUUCCCACUCAGAUUACUAACAUGCAACCCCACGUUGAAACUGCAGGCCCUCAAAUCGCUUGGCGCACCGUUUUUAUCAUUGAAUACCUCGGCCCCCUCCUUAUCCCAGGUCUCUUCCUCUUCCCCCUCCGCUCGCUCCUCUACUUCAACUUCGACAAUGUGCCCUCCCCCUCCGACUGCCAACUGCUGGUGUGCGCCCUCUUGACACUCCACUUCCUCAAGCGUGAGUAUGAGACCCUAUUCGUCCACCGAUUUAGCAAUGCCACCAUGCCCGCACGCAACAUCUUCAAGAACAGCGCGCACUACUGGGCACUCGCCGGCUUCAACAUUUCCUACUGGGUCUUCAGUCCGAAUGCUGCCGCUGCUACCGACGAGCCCAACCAUGUCCUAAUCUACGCCGGUCUUGCACUAUUCGUGUUUGGCGAGUUGGCCAACUUCAAUGCUCACCUCGUGUUGCGUCAUCUGCGCCAGCCUGGCACCACCCAGCGCGGUAUUCCUCGCGGGUUUGGUUUCAGCAUCGUCACCUGCCCCAACUACUUCUUUGAGAUUGUGUCUUGGAUUGGUGUCUUCCUCGUCAGUCAGUUUAACCUGAGCGUCAUCCUCUUCGCUAUCGUUGGCGGUGGACAGAUGUGGGCUUGGGCCUGGAAGAAGGAGAAACUCCUUCGCAAGGAAUUCCCCGACCGCUAUAAGAAGAAGCGCACUGUCCUCAUUCCCUACAUCUGCUAG